AUGUCCUCCCAAGAAAAGGGCAUAGCUGAAAGCUCAGCACCUGUGUUGGCCAUUACCGACCAGGAGCGCGAGCGAUUGAAUGUCUUGCUCGAAGAACAUGGAGCAACCUGGGACUCUCCCCAAGACCCUCACGAUCCCUAUAACUGGUCUUCAAUGCGAAAGAUUUCGGUCGCUCUUAUAGUCUCGCUGGGUCAACUUGUCACCCUCAUGUCCACCAGCAUGAUGGCGGCCGCCUUGACUCAAAUCGGAGCCGACCUCCAUUUAGGCAGUACCGCGACUCAGAUUACAUUUUCGAUUUUCAUCCUAGGGCUCGCCUUUGCCCCUUUCUUAAUUGCAGCGCUCUCUGAGAUGUACGGGCGGAGACCCAUAUGGAUUGCCAGCAAUAUUUUCUAUAUCUUAUGGAAUGCACUUUGUCCGGUCAAUUCCUCGGUCGGCCUCAUGACCGUCGGACGUUUCCUGGCCGGAUCAGGCGCCAGUGCAGGUAUUACGCUCACGGGCCCUAUUCUCGUGGACAUGUAUCGACCGGAACAUCGUGGGCGCUCUCUCGCGAUGGCCACCUUCAUCCCAUAUAUGGGCCCGGCUCUUGGACCUAUCAUUGGUGGUGUUAUCUCCCAGCAUCUGCAGUGGGGCUGGCUGUUCUGGAUUCUGUCCAUGUUCGAUGCAGCUAUUGUGCUGGUCGGCAUUUGCUUUUUGCCCGAAUGCUACACCCCGGCCUUGCUCCGGAAGAAGGCUGCCCAUGAACGCCGCAACGCCAGCAAUGCUGCUCCUCCGAGCAAACGAAAAUUUAUGUUGGACAAGGCCUUUUAUCAGGAUCUCGGCGCCAGGCUGGGGGCCAAUCUUAUUCGGCCGCUCUGGCUCCUUGUCUACCGCCCGGCCAUCCAGGUCAUCGCCCUGAUCAUGGCCCUGAACUUCGCCAUCUACUGCCUCCUACUUUCCACCUAUGCUACCCUUUGGAUCGAGCGCUACGGCGAGUCCGAGACCAUCAGCAGUCUCAAUUACAUUUCCAUUGCCAUUGGCACCAUCGCCGCUUCGCAGGGGGAGGCAUAUUCAUGGACUGGAUUUAUCCGACAUAACGGCGAAACCACGCCCGAGUUUCGCGUCCCGUUCCUAAUCCCAGGCGUGAUCCUUAUUCCUGUGGGAAUCUUCCUCUACGGCUGGUCAGCGGAGAAACGACUCACCUGGGUCGUCGUUGAUGUCGGUACUGCUAUCUUCGUUUUGGGAAGCUUCAUGCUGGCCCAGGGUAUGCUAGCCUAUCUGCUGGACGAGUUCAAGCACGCAGCAUCGGCUAAUGCGGCCGCGCGCAUGUUGUCCAAUAUCUUGGGCUUUGUCUUUCCUAUUUUCGCGCCGAGUAUGUAUGCAUCCCUGGGGUACGGGUGGGGUAAUAGCGUGCUGGGAUUUAUCUUUGUGGUGGUGGGCCUACCUAUUCCCAUUAUGUUGUGGGUCUAUGGACCACGCCUGAGAGCCAUUGGACGGACAUAG